UCCGCAUAAGCCCAGCAAGUGGGCCGACGCACCUCCUAUCCUUCACCCACGGAGCAGAGUAGAUCACGCCGCCGCCGCCGCCAUUCUCUCCGUCACUCCACCGAGGUAGGGUCCCCGACCCCCGCCUUCCCCAACGGCGCCGCGCCCAUGGCUCCUCCGUGCAAGAAGGCGGCGGAAUCGGGCUCCCGCGUUCCGGACGAGCUGCUGGAGGACAUCUUCGCGCGGAUGCCGGCCAAGUCGGUGCAGCGCUGCCGCUGCCUCUCCCGCGCCUGGGCUGCCGCGCUCUCCUCCAGCGGCUUCAUCGACCGCCACCUCCGCCUCGCCAACCGCCGGGACGGCUCCCGCAGCCUCGUCUUCCUCCCAGACCCCGACUCGGGCGACGACACCACCGUGCACGCGUGGUCGCCCCGCCGCCCCCUCGUCGCCGUCCGCCGCGUUGCCGCCGUCACCCGCCAGUGCCGCGGCCUCGUCGUGCUGGAGGCCAAAGGGGAGAACCUGCUCUUGGCCUGCAGCCCGGCCCGCGGGCACUACGUCUACAACCCGUCCACCGGCCAGGUGACGGCGCUCCCGGAGGGCAAGGAGGCGUCCGGCGCCUGGCCGCAGAACCAUGCCAUCCUCGGGCUCGGCUACGACCCAAGCAUCCGGAAGCACAAGGUGGUGCGCCUCUAUUGCCGCGGUGAGCUCCCUCCGGCGUGCGAGGUCUACGUGCUUGACUCCACAGGGUACUGGAGGGCGCCGUCCGGUGCCGCCAGGACGAUGCCGCUAGCCUGGGCAACCAAUUACUGCACCGACCAGAGCGUCUUUGCCCAGGGCCAGGUGUACUGGGCCGCCCAGCCGCACAAGAAUUACACCGGCGAAAGGGUCGUCAUGUCAUUCUCGAUGGCCGAUGAGGUGUUCGGGAUUUUGCCGCCACCAGACAUGGACACGACGAACUGGCGGAUAACAGAGCUCGGCGGGCGCCUUUGCCUCUUCAAAGACAUCUCCGCUGUGUGCUCAUAUGACAUCUGGAUUCUGCGAGACCCCCUGACGGGCGCUUGGGACCUACAUUGCCGCGUCAACCUGGACGCGGCGUCUCCAGCAGCAACACAACUGAGAUGCUCCACGAGCGUCAUCCCGCUCGACAUCGUUGAUGAUGGCAACCGCGUGCUGCUCAGGCCAGAGCCUUGCAAUAUCCGGAGGGAAAAUUUGGGUGCCCAUCAACUUGUUGUGUACGACCCUGCAAACGGAGAUGUCGAGGACCUUCUCGCUGAUGGCAGCAUGAUUACUCAUCACUCCAUGACGCGGAGACCUGCGGCACCGUAUGAGGAAAGCCUCGAGUCUACCGGGCGGCCUCAUGAGGACAUCAUCUUCUCGUCCAAGUCCUUGCAGGUUCUGGCGCAGGUGCUGCGUCGGCUACCAGCCCGCAUCCUUGGGCGGCUCAAGUGCGUAUGUCGGACCUGGCGCGCCAUCAUCGAGUCUGGCCGCUUCAUCAGGCUGCACUACGAGCACACAGGCAGGAGCUCCUUUGCCCGUGUUGUCCUCUCCUCCAUGCCUUAUGACUGGCAGUUCGCCUCACUGGAUUCUUGCCUGAACGACCUGAAACUGGCAUGCCAAAUGCAGCAGCUACAUCGCAGGGUGGUGAGCUCGAAGCCCUGCCAUGGCCUCCUCCUCAUAGCCCACAACAACUAUGGUGUUCACGUGUGCAACCCUGUCACUGGAGCACAGGUUUUCCAUUGCAGUUUGCCUUUUAAGCAGCCAUCAGACGCUGCUGCUGCUCACCCCGGUUGCGUUGGCUUGGGGUACGACCUAUUGAGGGAGGAGCAUAUCAUCGUGGUUCUUGCCUAUAAAUCACGCAACUUUGACACUGGGAGCUACACUAUGGGGUGCAGCAUCCGGAGGCUAACGGAUUGCGUGACGAAGAUGGUGGCUCCUUCGCCACCGAUCCCGGUGACCGUCGAUGUGCCACCGGUCUAUGCAGGGGGCAAGAUGUACUGGAUGGGGGAGUCACGAUUCAGUGCGGGCUGCUCAUCAAUUCUUGUGUUUGACAUCUGCAACGAGUCUUUCGAUGUCCUACCAGCACCACUCACCAUGGGCGACAGUGGUAGGAUGCUCGUGGCGGAGCUCACCGGGCAGGUUCGUGUCGUGCACAUUUGCCCAAAUACAGAGACGAUGACCAUAUGGCGCAAGCAGGAGCCAGGUACACUUAAUGAUGGCCGAGGAUGGACAAGAGAGCACUGGAUACAGCUUGGACAGUGGCCAGACUUCUCACUGAGAACAGAAGCGAGGCUCGUGAUUCCGUUGGCUAUUGACGAUGUCGGACGUAUCUUACUUGACACUGGAAGAGCACUGGGGUACUAUGACCCAAGAAACCAGACAUUGGAGACCGUAUACCCGACUACCAGCAGCAGUCUGCAGCUUAACUGCCGCCCAGGCUUCUUCAGCUUAGUUCGUCCAAAUUAUCGGCAACGUCAGUACUUUUGAACUUCAACAAAGGAAGAAGAAAGAUGGUGAUGUAUGAUUGACGUGCUCCGGCAGAAUGUCACACUAGUCCAUCAAUAUUUAUUUUGCAGUGUCUUCCAUCAGUCAAAUCAAGAUUUUGAAGGCCUAUCCAGUCCAGUCCAAGUGCGAUUCCCUGGGAAUUUUUUUCGGAAGCGUCCCCCAAAUAGUUUUACCUCGUGAUUUGGAGAACCACACUGCCUACUGCAUCUAAAAUCUGAAAGUAUGUUAUGUGGCCGUAGUUUGCAUCAUCUUUUGUCGCACUUCACUCUAGUUAUUGAUUCCGAUCCGUGUCGUACAGGACUAGUAGACCUGUCAUAUUCGAUUCAGUUUCUUUAGCGUUGUGCAACUUACAACUCGCAUUUAUUUAACUAGAUCAAACUGGAAUGUUACCGUGUUGUUAUCACUGCCUAUGAAGGCUUUUUCUGGGGUCUAAAGUUCAGAUUCAUGGGCUAUUUU